CCGCUGCGGACGGCCGGUGGCGGCGGGUGCGUGCGGUGAGACCGGGUGAGAGCCAGGGUGAGCGCCACGCAGACCGGGGGUGAGAGCCGCGGUGAGCGCCACGCGAGGCAAAGCAGGUGGCGGAGUGAGGGCGAGGACGAAGCCUGUGACACUGUGACAGCGUGUGGACAGAGAGGUUUUCGUGGAGUGAUAACGACACCAACGGGCUCUUGAUUUAUCACACGAGCGAAUACGGUGCGGAGACUGCAACGCCACGUGGGAAUAUAGCAGAGACUGCAACGCCCGGUAGGGGUGUAACGGAGACUUCAACUGAAAACAGGUCGCUAGCACCGCGGGCGUAAAAUACAGCCUUGCGCCGACAUAAGGUUCAGGCAUGGGACCAAUCAAGUAACUCCCUCGCGCCCACGCACCACUGCUGAACUCUGCGGACGUAGCCCACGUGUCGGUGACCGGUGACGCGACCCCAGUGACCCGGUGACCGGCGGUGACCCAUGGUGACCGGCACGGUGACCUCCGGGCCGGCGAUGCUCAUCACCAGUCGGUGUUCCUCUCAGAGCAGCAUCUCGACCAGCAGCUGCGCCUCGAGUGGCACCAACACGGAGCCCCGGCAGACGGCCGCCGCCGCGGAGCCCAUCAAGGUGCUCGUGCUCGGAGCGCCCGGCGUGGGAAAGUCAGCUUUAUGCGUGCGGUACCUGACGAAACGAUACAUCGGUGAAUACAGCUCCAGCGGAGAUAUGCGGUACACCCAUUCGGUGACCCUGGAUGGAGCCCGAACGGGGGUGGAAAUUUUGGACAGCUGCAGAUGUAUAGCGACUGGCUGUCUGUUCGACCACCUCCGCUGGGGCGACGCCUUCCUGGUGGUGUACUCCGUGUGUGAGAGGUCCAGCUUCCAGGCGGCCCGCGGAUUCCUGGAGACCCUCAGCCAGGAGAAACUGCCGGGCUACUUCACCACCGUCCUUCUGGGCAACAAGCGCGACAUCGAGCACGCCAGGCAAGUGGACACGGAGGACGGGCACGAGCUGUCGCUGGCGUACGGCUGUCCGUUCUACGAGGUGUCAGCGGCCGAGAGCGCAACAGGCGUCGCCCUGGCCUUCCACACCCUGCUGAAGGAGGCACGCAGCCUGCAGCUGCUCAAAAUGCUGCCCAUCCGUCGCCGGUCCGGCGUCAACAGCGUUUCCAAAGUCCUCGGCAACAUCUUCGGCAAGAACGGCAAGUACAAGAAGAAGAGGCCCUCGCUCAGUAUUUAAAAACAGUGUGGAGUGUCAAUGUAUGUAAUUUGCGCUGUUGGAACUGUGUUCGCUUAUGAUGUGAAUUGGAUUAACUGCCAAGCUACUUUUGUGGCAUGUUUUAACUGAUGUUAGAUAUGUGGCUUUAGGAUAGGCGUUCAGAGAAGGGUCUACUACACUUUGAGUGAUGCCAUUGUUCUGUUAAACAGUACAAUACUGUUGAAACUGCCUUGUUCUGCCUUUUGAGUCGUAUAGAAUAUCUAAGGAUGUUCGCAUGAGAUUUAAGCAAUGACCUUUGUUCUGAGACAUUGACAAGUGUGAAGAAUGAAAUGUAUAGAAUCCAUAUAAUUUUUUCAGCGC